AUGUUUAUUUAUUUUCAUUUGCAGUUUGCACGUGUAUGGUGUAGGUUUAGAUUAUUAUUGUAAUACGUAUUGCAUUGCAGUUUAGUUAGGUUUUUUAUUAAAUUCCAUCAUUGAUUUAAAUUGUAUUAAUGUCAGAAAUAUCAAAUAAUAUUGUUAUUCCGAAUAUUCUAAUUCCCAUAUAAGUAAUAGGUGCCUCCUUUUCAAAAGGUUAGAUUAAAUUAAAGUGUACACAAAUUACAUACUGAAGGUAAUUAAUGAUGAUGGAUAUAAUUGACAAUGAAGAGAUCGAUCGGGAUACAGUAACAGAAGAAGAAUUACAGCAACAAUUCAACAAACAAUACAAACUUGCAUCAGAAACUACAGUCAGAAUAAAAGGGUCUUAUAUUAAUAAGCUUCAUGUUAAUGAUUUAUCAAAAAUAGCUGUGACUCUUCAAGAUAAUAGCAUUGAGGUGUUUGAGUUAAAUAACACAUCAUUGUCUCGUUUAUGCCGACUUUCUGGCCAUCAUAAAACAUGCUCUGAGGUGGUUUUCCAUCCAUUGGAGCCAUUCCUUUUGUUUUCCACAGGCUGGGAUGGAAUUAUUAAACUUUGGGAUAUACGUGUAAAAGGGACAUGUGUUCAGGAAUAUAAAGAAGAUAAUGACAGUGCAGUCCGCCCAUAUGAAUGUAUGGAUGUGUCAGAUGUAGGCAAUUUGUUCUGUAGUGGCAGCCAGCUUGUGAAGGAGGAUGCUUUUAUAGUAUUCUGGGAUCCUCGCUCUACAGAGCCUCUGGGAGGCUAUUGGGAGAGUCAUACUGAUGAUAUCACUCAGGUUAAAUUCAAACCCGACACAAAUGGAGUCCUUGCAUCAGGCUCUAGUGACGGCCUGCUAAAUAUAUUCAACUUGGUAGAGCAAGAUGAGGACGAGGCCUUGUUGUACUCACUGAACGCAGUGAACACAGUGGACAAGAUCACUUGGAUUGACAGUGACCGGGUCUCCACCAUCACACAAGCCAAUGAGCUGUAUCUAUGGAAUGUUACUACUGGUGACAUGAUAAGAAACUACAGCAGAGACAAAGUUGCUCGUAGCAUUAAGAGGAGUAGAGAUGAUGACUGCUACCUGGUGGACACAUUCCUGGCUUCAGACAACACUGUCACACUACUGGCUGGUUCACAUGGUGGCGAUCAGAGCACCCUGCGCUCGGUGGUCGCGUGCCAGCGCGGCGGGCGACCUCGUCUGCAGCCCGCGAGCGUGUUCCGCGGCAACCAGCAGGUGGUGCGGGCCCUGCACUACGACCGAGAUGAUGAUCUUCUGAUAACGGCGGGUGAAGCAGGGCUCAUUAAUGUGUGGAGAAGAGAGAACACAGACAGCGCACAACACGACCACAGGUGAAAUGAACAGAGAUCCGGCGCACAGAGCACAGCCUGCCGUACUGACGCCAAACGUGUCGCUGACAUUUGAUUAUAGAAUGACUUUGUGUUACAUGUUGCUGUUUUGGACUAUCAAAUAUAUUUUUUAAUAAUUUCAGGAUUAUAAAUUUACAUUUUGC